UAAAGGGUUACUUCCCUUGCACUGUGUAGGGGACGUUAGUGAUGUAAGCGGUUAGAAUGGUGAUGAGGAUCAAAACAAACAGCUUAUAAAUCCAAGCACUUUAAGUUAGUUAUUCUAUGCUAGAAAUUCGUCGACCUUUAGGGAUUUAAUUUAUUUUGUGAGUGAACGAGGCGCAUCUAUGAUUUUUAUAGUGUUUUAUUAGUUGAUUCUUUCGUGCUCUGGAAGGUUGUUGUUAAUCGUCGUUUGGCUGGGAUUCCGAAGUACAGCUGACUCAGUGCCCACGGGGGUUGCUAAAUGCCUGACAUAAGCACUUCAUGCAAAGUUCAGCAUGAUUCCAAGUUACAGAUUGCAAAUAUGCAUGCUACUUUUGAAGAAGCUAAAAUUUCACCUUUGUAACGGUCCUCUUUCAAAAGUGCAUGUGACAUACUGCAGUAAUUCAACCGUUUCGUCACUUGCACCAUCAAGUUCUGUGCAGAAGACUGUACAGACACUUGCAUCAUUAAUGACUGGAAAGGUAGAUCACUUUAAUGGCAUAACAGUUGAUCUGUCACUCGUUCCUGCCAGUGUGGGUGUAGAUGAAUUCUUUAAUCAUUUGGGAGCAUCACUGCAAUCUUGGAGGGAUGAAGGAAGAAUUGCAGCAUGGUUGAUAGUUCCUAUCAACUGCAGUCAUCUUAUACCUGCAGCUGUGAAAUGUGGGUUUCUUUUCCACCAUGCAGAGGGGUCCAAAGCUGUGCUAAAACUCUGGCUAGAUUGCUCAAAGGAUGAUGCCACACCACAAUUUGCCACACACCAAGUGGGAGUGUCAGGCGUUGUCCUGCGAGAGGAAACUAGACAAGUGCUAGUGGUGCAAGACAGAAAUAGAAGGCGAACACUGUGGAAAUUUCCUGGUGGACUAGCUGAUUUAGGAGAAGACAUUGAGUCAACUGCAGUGCGUGAGGUAUUGGAGGAGACGGGAGUGCAAACAGAAUACCAGUCAGUUCUAGCGUUCAGACAGCAGCACGACCACCCUGGUGCCUUCGGACGAUCCGAUCUGUACGUCCUGUGCAGGCUGCGCCCAUUGACCUAUGAACUGCGACCCUGCGCACGCGAGAUACGCGAGUGCCGUUGGAUGACGGUGGAAGAGCUUCGCCUGGAGUCUAAUAAAUCGUCGAUCACCAAAAGAAUCACAGACAUUCUCCUUCAUGGAUUAGAGAACGGUUUUGAUAAAGUGGACAUCGUAAGUGAAGAGCACGAGUCUAUACACAAGGAUGGAGUAACAUUUAAACUGUUCUUUAGGCCACUCUCAAAAUGAUGCGCACGUUCAUCCAACGCUUUUAUUAUGUCUUCACAUGGUGUUGCUACGAUACCAUGCUGUUUUAUUACUUCGUCAGUACACACAAGUACUGCUUUAAUCCACAUUUAAUUAUUCAUAUUAUUAUUAGCUCCAGUGCGGUUGACAGGUUUAAUGAGGUCUGUGAUACACCAGCUAAACAGAUUAUAAACUGGUGCAAUAAAAUUAAUUUUUUCAUAUUGCUUUCGAUGAUUUGAGCUAACAUUGAUCACCGUGAAAUCUAGUUCAAGUGAUAUGUUUUACUGGCGUUUUAUGAUGGUUUUUUGAUAGGAAUAAUGUUUAUAUAUAUAUCCAUAAUAUCCACAAAAUAUUAACGGAUUAACUAGAAUUAUCUUAACCAAGUAUCUCUGAUUAUUCAUUGGACUGUAUGACGAAAAGAUUGUAUGAGACAGUGUGGUCGGCCACGUCAAAGGCUUGAUGGAUUUUUAGGAUAGUCAACAAUCGAAGCUGCCAUUUUUGGAACCACAUUAGAAAAUGUUUCUUUGUUAAAAAUUCUUGGCUACGUUUGUAGACAAAACCUGGGAAAUGAUUCGUCACUGUUAAGGCAAAUGGUGAACGUAAGUGGUUCAUCGUGACUAGGGUAUAGCAGGUAGAAGGCGGAGCCCAGCUCCCUUCUUCCGCCGCUUGUGUCUUCUCUUAUGCAUGAGGAACCCACCUGCUAGGCAGUCGGAAAGGAGGUGUUUUCCAGCCACAGUUUCCAGCAGGGUCUGGAAACAGGUAAAUGCUUCACAGUUGAACGUACCAUUCACUAAGAUACAGAGCCUUCCUAACCCACGUUCUUUCCCAGUGAAGGAUAUUUAAGAAAAUAAACCGAUUAAAAAAA